AUGGGAGCAGACUGUGCUAGCAUCAAAGCCUGUCUACGAUGUCUCAACCAGCGCAUUCUCAUAACUGGUAACCGAGCAAAUAUCGCUAUCCCUUUCGCCACAAAGCGUGUUAUUUCUGGGGACAAACCCGUCUUGCGACCUUGCACAAAAUACAUUUUUUUCAAGACGGCAAAGUGCUAUUAA